GCGCUGAGGGUAAGUAGCAUGGAAAGGGACACCUCCGCCUCAUGUCCUACCAACCUUACAUUCGCCGGACUUGAACCUGUUCUAACUAUCGUUCCACCAGAUUGACACUAUUCCCGCGACCUUGACCAUAUGUCAUCAGUAGGCGGUGUUGACAGGGCAUCUCGCCGACGUACCCUCGACACCUCCCCCAAGACAGAGUCAGGACUUGCCGAAUGGACGAGUAAGAUCAAAGCUUUACAGCGACAGGUCGACCAGGAUGAGGAGGAGGAGACUAGGAGGCUUGAACAAGAGAUCGCAGCUUCCAGGCUUGCACGCAUGCGACGGAGCACUGGAGGGGCAAGCCGAGCAGGUAGCGUGGAUCUAUUAGCUAAGACCGAUGUUGCGGCUUCGCUCAAAGAAGCCGGAUCUGACCAUAACAUAUUGGAAGUCAAGGCUCCGAGCCACAGACUGCAGAAUCAGAGUGAUGCGUUACGGAAACUGACUAGAGAAACACCUAACGAGAGACUUGUACAUGCUGAGCCCUCCACAAUGUCCUCUAGCGAGAAGAAAGAUAUCCCGAAGGCACCGAUCUCCCUCGCCGCCUUUAUUGGUGGACGCGCCACUGGCCCCCGACUCACUAAACAUGCCCCUCAGCAGGAUGCGCAUGAUCCUACACAGUUCGAGCAACGAACACACAUAACUGCACCACAUCCCGUGUUUGGAAGAGGAGGCGUUGCCAUGCCUGGAAUGACGAAGGCCACUCAAGUCCCUCCUUCUCCUGGGGGAAGCAAUGGGUCUGGUCUAAAGGCGAAUCCUCUUCUAGAGAGGGAUCGCAGAACCAGUACCCCUUCACUUGUCAAAUCUUUCGUUGAGCGUGUAGAGGAAAGUCACACAACUGCGCAACCUACAGGUGGCUCCAACUAUGCCGGUCGUCAAAGAACGAUCAGCACUCUGACAGGUGUACACCCUCAGAAAUCACCUCCACCGGUGGAUGCUAAAGAGAAGCUGCUCGACAUCGCUCCGGGUACUUCGCCCGUCUCCUCAUUAACAACAAUUCCUUCACCUGACCCAGGUCUGCGUGCUGUAACGCCGCAGGGCCGUCGAACACCUGCUUUAGCGGGUGCAUCCACUCAGCCAACACGUUCACUGUCCAAGUCACCUCUCCCGCGUUCUUCCCCAGUUCCAAUCCAGACUCCUCCGCACUCACCACAGUCCUUCAAUUCAUCCCCUUCCAAAUCGCCAAUCAUAACCCCCUCGUUAUCGCGUCCCAUUCAGCCUCAGCCUCGGAAGUCUAUAGGUAGUGUCCAACUCCCUGGGUCACAGACCUCGUCUGCCGCGUUCUUGAAACCCCCACCUUCGAAAGAUCCAACUCCUAGUAUCAGCCGUUUGCAAGGCCGAGGCUUCGUACAGAACAUGGUCCGAGCGAGUAGUCAGCUUGAGGCUGCUGCCGGUUCACCAGGCAGCCCUACUCCAGGUGGCCGAAACGAGGGCAGUCGGAAACCUAACGUACUCGAGCGUCGGCAAUUCGACAACGCGAAAGGUGCUUCAUCUCCCUCCCUUCCCAUCAUAUCACCGAAGCCCGUUGCGAUGCGCAAGUCCCAUACUUCUGAUGCAUCCUUUGCUCCCGUUUCCACCACACCUCAACCUGCCUCAUCAUCACUUCCUAAAAUCAUCAAACCUGACUAUACUGGGAAGUCACUGAAGUCCGCAGCUUCAUCGCCAUCAAUGUCACAAGCUUAUACCGCUGGUGGUAGAGCAUCCAAGAGCGAGGUUGGACCUGACGGUUCGCCUCGUCCUCAAGGUCUCGGAUCCGGAAGUACGAUGAUAUCGUAUAUCAAACCUACGAAGACUGGAGAUAACCCCAUUACCCCUUCUCCCCCUUCAAGGCCUUCCUCCAGGCCCCCUACACGCCCUCCUUCUGCUGCAUCACAUAGUCGGAAGGCAUCACCAGAACCGGAGGCAGAUGAACUUGGUGUCCGCGUGCGGCCCCGUGCAAAGAGUAUUGGUGCGAAUAGGGGAGGGCCUGUGCGAGAAGGAUUAGUUGACUCGCAUAUGACAGGAGGAACAAACAAGCCGUUGAGUCAUCCGACAAAAGAUCGUGCUAGAAAGCCUCGUAAGGCUCGGGAAGCGACCAAGGUUGCUGUUCAGGAGACAUCCUCUCGUGCGUCAGGAGUUAACGGAGAAGAUGCGUCUUUGACUGGACAUGGUGAAUCCACGCCGUUCAAGCCGCACGUAACUCCUCAAGCAAAUAGACACCUUCCUUCGGUCACUCCCGGUCAUCAACUUUCCUCGAGUCCGACUGCCACCACAGACGAGAAGCGCGAUGUUUCCGUGCCUGUGGUCCCCUCCCCUCGUAUCCCAUCAUUUGAGUCUCAUGCGGUCAAGAGUACCACUGAGAGCUCGGAUUCAGUUCCUCAGGCGCCAAAAGACGAACCUAUCCUCAAGGUUUCGCCAGGUUCAAGCCACACUGCUCGUCCGAUUUCACGCCAACCUGGUGAGAAGUCACCAACCAGCCCUGUGCGACAUGGGCGUAUACCUAGUACAGGAAAGCGAGCCACCGUGAUGGACGUGGCUUUAGCUUUGAACGAACAUGAGGCACAGACACGCAAAGUAUCCCCCGAGGUUGCUCAGAAACCGAGUUCCCCAGUUCAAGCAAGCCCGCCUCCUGAAAGUCUGCAAGCAGACGUCAAUGAAGACGACGAGAACUAUGUGAAGCCGGAUGUUAAGUCUUUGGUUGCAAACUGGGGUCCAAGGAACAUCGCACCAAGCCAGAUGGAGAAACGGAAGUCUAGCUACGAGAGGUAUUCCGCCUUUGUCCUGCCUCCAUUAACUGAGGAAAAGACGCCUAUUCAUUCACCCGCGGGUACAUUGACGAGACAAGUGACGUCCGUGCCUCCCGUUCAGGAACAUGUUGAGUGGUAUUCGAAUGGUCUUGCUUCGGAACCAACGGUUCCUGUAGACGAUGCUGUUACAGCGUCCGUCGAAGUCCCAAAGCAGGUUUCUCUUGAGCCUUUUCAGGAGCCUUCCGAAGAGCAGGGCACUCUUGUCAUAGAACAUACUGAUGAACCGCUACCUGCUGUUGACGUUGGGACUUUGCUUGACACCUCAGAUGAUGUCUACAAGCCUGAUCCAGACGUCAAUACAAUAUCAGUGGAGGUCAUGAGUAUAGUUGGUAACACCGCCAACGUUGUGAACAAAGAUCCAAGCAUAUUCUAUGACUCAGAAGUGCUUGUGGUCAUCCAUCGAUCCAAGGCGAAAUCCAGUGGUCUUGUUACUACCAAGGUCUGGUCUUGGAUCGGUAAUAAAGCACAUGUAGGAGAGAAGGAAGAACGAAAGAUGCAAGAACUAGCCAGACGGUAUAACACUACUCGUAUCGUCAUUUCACAAUACGACGAACCUGCAGAGGUAGCUUACAUCCUCGGUGGACGGCUAGCCGUUCGUCAGGGUACUCGUGCGCACUGGUCAUCUGAGAAUACGGCGAUGCACGUAGUACGCGCUUUAUAUGGAGUCGUAUAUAUUGACGAGGUGGAUCUGACCGUAAAGAAUCUUUGUUCCGCAUUUGCUUAUUGCAUAUCCUUACUCGGGACCGUCUAUGUCUGGUAUGGCCGUGGUGCAACUCAACCUGAAAGGGAAUAUGCACUGGAAUAUGCACUAUCCAUUGCGGUGUCCCCUGACAGCAUCAUUGAACUCUCUGAAGGCGAAAACGACGAAGACGAAAUGUUCUGGAUGAUUCUUGGCGAUCGUGAAUACGCUCGCGCUGACUAUUGGCAAUGGCGACAAUCCGCCCCGUCUCGGGUACCUCGUAUGUGGAGAAUUGUUCAACAGCAGCCGUUCGCAGAGAAGGUUACUCCCACCUCCGUCUUACCGUCCUUCAGUGAUGCCGUUUACAUCAUUGACAGCGUUUGGGAGUACUUUAUUCUUAUAGGUAGCCAAGCCCGAGGCAAACGGAGCCACAUCAGGCUGGCUUUAAGUCUUGCCAACGGGUUGUCAGAUACAACAUCUUUAUCAAAGCCGUUCCGUCCUCCGGUUCACGUGCUCAUUUUCCCUAGUCAGCUGCCGACUGACUUGCGUUUGGCCCUGCGCGGUCUGGACGAGGUGUCUUUGAACGGAAGUCUUGUACCGGACCACAUGAAUCUGGUUGAUGCUGACAAGGCACUCGCUCACCUGCAACAAACUACCUGGGACAAAACUUUGCUACAAGAUCCCCAGUUCCUUCCUCUAGGCUUAGAUCCAUCACAUGCUAUCAACGGCUGACACGUUCUUGGAAUACAGUUGUAAAGGGACGUUUUUCUCUCUAGCGUAUUUGUACUUGCUUCUCCGCCUAAUCGAAGCCAGUAGGCUCAUCAGUGCUCAUCUGCUUCUGAAUGACACUAUGAACGCGCUCAUUUUACACCGCAGCUAGUGUUGAAGGUCCUCAACCGUGUAUGACAUGAUACAUUGCAAUACACAAGCACCGUCUAUGUAUUGUGCUUCGGCGUUUGUUGCAGAAAAGUAUGUAGGGUUCAGAGAUAGCUAUAACUGGCCUAUGCAGAGUCUAUCUCUAUACGACCUAUCAUCAUCCGACCCCUUUCAUGUAGAUGAAGCACAGACCGUAACAGCAGGUGGCAGUCGACAUGCGGGUGUAUUGGCUUCUGACCAUGAACCUACGUGCCGCCCUGACCGGUCUUACCAUUCUCCUGUGCAGGAUGCGGCUGACGAGCCUCGGGCGGCCUGCCCAGCAGUCUGAAUUGUAAUGUCAGCUGCAAUGCCGACCUCAUGAUGAAUGUGAACCAGAAACUGUACUCCCCACAAUCUCUAUCACCACUAUCGAGCUCGCAGUAUUUAUAGUAAUUGCUGCUGGCAGCUACCUGGAAGUUCACAAUGGCGCUCUCGGUUUUGCUUCUUUGCCUGCUUCUUUCCACCGUUCAUCUUGUUCACUC